AGGCACUAGUCCAAUAUUAAAUUUGUAAACAUUGCUGCACGUGCAUCGUAUAAUACUUGAAAAUAAUUUGUGUUCUUUAAUUUAUCAAAUAAGAAACAAACUGAAAAUGAGUGACGAUGAGCUCAGUGAUGACAUGCAAGAGCUAAAUGAAUUGAUAGCCGAAUAUCGGGAUAAAGAAGGCGAAGAAAGCGGCGACAAUGAUAAGGAUAACAAAAAUGCGGUUACAGAGCAAGAGGGUCCGAGUGUGGUGCCCAUGGACAAGGUAAUAUUUGGGGACAAAAGCACUCUUCUGAAGAACCUCAAGAGAGCAGUGGGUCAAAAAGCUAAAGCCAUCGAGAGUGAUAGUGGACAAAGUGAUAGUGAAAGCGACAGUGCCACAGAAAAGGCCAAAAAGCGUAAGCCAGUUUGGGUUGAUCCCGACGAUGAGGUUAUACAACUGGGAGAUGUCAAGAAGGAAACAAAGCGAUCGGGACCCUUGGAUCAUCUUAAAAUGGAUAAAUCCUACAAGGAACACUUAACAGCACGAUUUACUCGAAUUGUCAAUCAACCCAAAUGGGCGAGUCUGGAUGAUAAAGAUAAACAACAGAAACUUUCGGAUGAUGAAGGGGAUGAGGACAAUGAGUUAUUGCGAACUGUUGGCUUCCUCAAUAAGAAACCCGAAGGUAUUUUGCCUGAUAAACAUCUCAGCGCCAAAAGAAUGAAAGAUGUUAAUCGUGCAACCUACGCCGAAGGCAAUAUUAACAGCAUACAAUUUCAUCCCACCAGUACUGCAGCUUUAGUGGCAGGUGAUAAAGGCAUUGCUUCCAUAUAUGCCAUCGAUGGUACCCAAAAUGAUAAACUCCACAAUAUACAUAUACCAAAUUUCCCUAUAAAAUGUGCCAGGAUUCUUCCCUGUGGAACAAAGGCGGUCUUUGGUUCGAUUACACCAUACGGCUAUUUAUACGAUUUGAUGACAGCCAAAGAGACGCGCUACUAUUUGCGUAAAGAUAGCGGCAAUUUAAGCAAGUUUACAAUAUCUCCUUGUGGACGGUAUUUGGUUUCUGCCGGUCGUUUUGGCGAGAUACACAUACAAGAGGCGAAAACGUUCGAAAUCAUAGCGUCCUUAAAACAAAACGACAAGGUGGCUGCUUUAUGUUUUACCAGUGACUCGCAAAGACUGGUGGCAAGUGGUCAAUCGGCAAAUGUUUGUGUGUUUUCCAUGCGUCAGCAAAAGUUGGAGCAUACUUUCAUUGAUAACGGCUGCAUUAUCGGCAAAUCCAUGGAUAUAUCUCCCAACCAACGAAUGUUGGCCACGGGCAGCAUGGAAGGCGUAGUUAAUGUGUACGACUUUGACAAAGUAAUGCAGUCAAAAACUCCUUUGCCAGAAAAGACAUUUUUAAAUUUGACAACUGCCAUUGGUAAUGUGAAAUUUAAUCAUAGUUCAGAACUGCUGGCAUUCGCGUCCUAUCAAUGUCCAAAUGCACUCAAAAUGGCGCAUUUCCCUUCGGGCACGGUAUAUGCAAAUUUUCCGGGAUUCAUGCCAAAGUUGGGAUACAUAAGGACACUGGAAUUUUCACCUCAAUCAGCCUACUUGGCAUUGGGUAAUGCAAAGGAAUGCCCUCUAUUUAGAAUAAAACAUUUUAAAAAUUAUUGAUGUACCUACGUAUGUAUGCAUGUAAAAGUGAGAACAUUUUUACAUUUGUAUAAAAAUGUUUUACUAUUUUUUUUUUACUUUAAACAAUAAGUAAUAGUGGUAUAGUAAAUAAAUUUU